GACAGUGAAUGUCAUUUGUUGUUCUGUACAGAUUCCGUGAUUGCUUGACUUUUGAAAUGCACAAACCUUUAAAUUGUGUCUUUUCUUGAUGAUUUAUUUGUAUUCAUGGAGUUACUGCAAAAUUAGAAUUUACCUGAAUUUAAGUUGUUAUGUUUUGUUUGGUUUAAGUAAAUACUCAAAAUGGCGGAUAUUUCAAUGUCACUUGCCAUAGGCUCUGAUGAAAUUAAGGAUUUUAUUUGUUUGUCAUGCAAAGAGCAAGCUAAUGCAGAUUUUUACUGCAAAACAUGUUUGAAACUUUAUUGUGGAAAAUGUAUUCAGUUACAUGAUAAGUGGUUUAAAAAACAUUCAGCUUAUGGAAGGAAUGACAUGAAAGAAUGGCCAGUUUCGAAACAGGUGGAGGAAUUUCUAUUAAAGUGUGAAACACACAAAGACGAACAAAUUGAAAUGUUAUGUGAUGACCACAGUCAGCUGUGCUGUACAAAGUGCGCCUUCCUGAAUCACAGCCAGUGCAGUAAAGUUACUCUGAUUUCGGAGAUGAUCAACACGCAGCCCACAGACAUACUGGGACUGUUAGUGGAGCUGGAAACUUUCCUGGGGGAAAUCAAAAGCCUGCAGAUCAGUCAGGAGCUCAGUGUUCAGUCAUUGCAGGGAGCAUACAAGGAACAUAAAGCAUUCGUAAAAAAACAAAUGCUUGUUGAUAUAAAUACUACCAUAGAUGAAUGUGGUAAUAGUUUUGUGAGUACAUCGGGCAAAAAUGAGCCAUAUUUAAAAGAAGAAAUGUGUUGGAGUGUUCUUUCUAUCUUGAACGAAUUUGAUAAUAUUACUGUGAAGGUACUUAACGAGAUGAAAGAUGAAGUUAUAAGCAUAAAAGGGUCAAUUAAAAGUUCUAUUGAUAAAUGCACUGGUCUUCACAAUGACUUGUCACUAUUCCAUGAAUUUGUUCAGAAAAUUAGAGAUAAUAAAGAGCUCUGCCUUAUAGCCAGCAUAAAAUGUAAGCACAUAAUACAGCAGGCAUCAGCUCUUCUAGGCAAAUCAGGCAAGGUGUUUAAUGUCCAGGGGCAUUAUGAGCACAAUGUGAGGAUAGCAAGUGAUUCAGAUUCAUGUGUUAACACAGGCAUAUGUGUUCUUCCUGAUGGGCAGGUCCUGGUUGCAGACUGGAGUAAUAAGACAGUCAAGCUGCUGAACCAGCAGUACCAGGUGGUGAGUCACUGUAGUGUUACUGCUGAACCACGGGAAAUGUGCCAGAUCACACCCAGUGAGGUUGCAGUGGCUGUGGAUAAAUGGGGUAACACACAUGAGGCCCAGUUUAUCACAGUCGCACAAAGCCAACUUGUCCUAGGCAGAAAACUUCAGUUACAACAUAGAUGUAAAGGUAUUGCCCAUCACCAGGGAGACCUGUUCAUCUGCUCUGAUACUGCAUUGUACAAGUACUCACUGAGUGGCAAACUGGUCUGCAGACUCUAUGAGGAUGUAUCAGGUGCUGAUACAGUAUGGAAGUGUGCUGUCAGUCCAACCGGGGAGAAGCUGUACAUUUCCAGCCCCUUCCAUCACAAGCUCCUCACCCUGGCCAGAGAUGGGACAGUCCUGGCUACAUUCACAGACCCAGCACUAGAGCGCCCAUAUGGUCUACAUGUGACCCCUGCAGGCCAUGUGCUGGUCUGUGGAUGGAGGUCCCACACUAUAGUACAGGUGGACUAUGAGGGAAGGAGAAAGCUGGCCACUCUGUCUACAAGGGAGAGGGAUGGAGUGUGGUACCCAGAGUCAGUGUGCUACAGCAGCACCACAUCAACCAUCAUUGUGGGACAGUGGGGGGGCAACAACAUCCUGGUGUUCAGAGUACAAUAGUGUGUACAUUAUUCUCUUUUAAUGUACAGUGGAACCCCUCAAAACCAGACACUGCCUGGACAUUCCGGUUAAGAGAGGAUUCCGGUUAAGAGGGGAAAUUGACUAUUUUACUUUCAGAAGGU